AUGGCUGCCACGAUGUCGGCGGUUCGAACACUUGUCACUAGGGCAGAAGUUCUCAAGCAUUCGUCAAGAGAGGAUCUAUGGGUUGUGGCGAAUGGGUACGUCUUAGAUUUGUCCGCUUUCGUCGCUCAUCAUCCCGGUUCGGAAGCUAAAAUCAUGCGAAAGCGACGAGGGAAUGUGGAUAUAACUUAUGUUGAAUAUGGAUCAGGAUGAGGAGGUCUGAUUGGAUCAUGCCUUAUUGUCUAAUGGCUCCAGGACUAGGCGUUUUCUUGUUUUCGUAUCAUUUACGGAAGAUGUCGUUCUCACAAUAAUAUCAUGACCUAUAUUAAUGAGGGUCUACUUGACAAUGUAAAUCUUGUACUAACGCAAAACUCACUAGUACUUUUUCGACUAUGUGGUCUUGUACGCAGCGUCUGGAUGCUGGAAAUAUAAUCUACCCAUUUAGUUGUACCUACUGAUCCGUAUUGAUCAUUCCCUUUUCAUACCCCCAGCAACUUCGUCGACCAUUUCGGAUAUACAGUACAGACGUUCCGGAAAGCAUGUGCGGAAUUCGACCGAAUACAAGAACCAGUAAAAUUCACUUUUAGAGAUCUAGGACAAUUUCCGGUGAUAAUAUUGGGGAAAUAUGCUGGAUAAAUGUAUCUUGCCAUUUUGUAGGAUGCUCCUUUAUCUUGUCAUUAAAGGAAGCAGCCCUUUUUGUUGACGCGGUCAUGGUGUACAUAAUCUACUUAUGUAUCUAUAAGACUUUGGAAGCGCUUGUGCUGCUUAAGCGUACUACUUGCAACACC